CAUUACAUUAAUAGCAAGUUGUUGAUGAAAGCAGCCGCGCGAUGUCCACAUGAGAUGAGAUGCUAUUGCCACGUAUAUAAGAAUUGGUUUUUCCUAUAUAAAAAGCCUCUUCAAUAUUCAUCAAUAAUCACCUUCACCAAAUCCAAAAACCACAACUUCAAAAAAUAUGGCUUCAGCUCCAACUCCAACUCCAACUCCGACCGUGAUGGACGCCACCACUGAUGCGGCCGCCUCCCCGACCACCAUCCGUGCCACCGUAGUCCAAGCCGCCACCGUCUUCUACGACACCCCCGCCACCCUCGAUAAAGCAGAGAGGCUGGUAGCUGAAGCAGCCUCAAAUGGUGCAGAAUUGGUGGUGUUUCCGGAAGCAUUCGUCGGCGGCUAUCCUCGCGGUUCCAACUUCGGCUCCACCAUCGGCCACUCCACGCCCACCGCCGCCGAACAAUUCCGUAAAUACUACGAUGCUGCCAUUGACGUUCCCGGUCCCGCCUUCGACCGGUUGGGCGCCAUAGCCGGGAAUUACAAGGUGUAUUUGGUGAUGGGAGUGAUCGAGAGAGACGGGUACACCUUAUACUGCACAAUCCUCUUCUUCGACCCUCAAGGCUGCUACCUCGGCAAGCGCCGCAAAUUCAUGCCCACGACGGCCGAGCGCAUCGUUUGGGGGUUCGGAGACGGGUCCACCACUCCCGUCUUCGACACCCCCAUCGGCAAGCUCGGCGCCGUCAUCUGUUGGGAGAACAAGAUGCCGCUGCUCAGGACAGCAAUGUACGCGAAAGGGAUCGAGAUAUACUGUGCGCCGAACGCGGACGAUAGAGAAGUGUGGCAGCCGACGGUGAGGCACAUAGCGAUAGAAGGCGGCGUGUUCGUGCUCUCAGCCUGCCAGUUCUGCCUGAGGAAGGACUUCCCGCCCCCUCCCGAGUACUCACUCACAGAAUGGGAAAACGAGCUCGAACCGGAUUCCGUCGUGAGCGCCGGUGGCAGCGUCAUCGUGGCGCCCUCAGGCGAGGUCCUAGCGGGGCCCAAUUUCGAGGGGGAGGGACUCAUCUCGGCUGAUUUAGAUUUGAAGGAUGUGGCACGUGCGAAAUUCUCGUUUGAUGCCGUUGGUCACUACUCUAGACCUGACAUCCUGAGCCUCAUUGUGAAUGAUCGUGCUAUGAAACCGGUUUCCUUCACUUCUCAAGAUCAUGAUGCUGCCCACAAAUGACUUGCCAUUGCAUUGCAUUUCCCCCUGUUUCUUGUGAUUUCUUUGCCUUGACUUGUUCUUUUCUUUUUGGAUCAAUCACCUUGUAAUAGGAAUUUAGUAUAUACUAAAGUUUUUUUAAUGAGAUGCUAUUUUUGGAAAUGUAGCUUGAUUUACAAUUAAUUUCUGCAAAGAAGAAAAUAUGAACUCA